AUGAUUUACGUGAAAGCUAUACGCUUGUCAACGGAUUAUUAUCUGGCAUUAUCAUCAUUAGUUUCUUUCUCUUUAUCGAUGGAAUGCUUGCGAAGAAAAACUAUCAACAAGUGUUAUCCAAUAACUAGCUUAGAAGCUCGUGCUGAUUUAUCGUUCAAACUCAAACCACAUUUGGUGAAGAAACAAUUGCAAGAUGUAAGUCAGUGA